AUGGUGAAAGUACUCAUUGUUGGUGGAACUGGUCCUGUAGGGCGAACAUUAUCCAAAUUAUUUCUUUCAAGUCAAACACCUUUUCUUAUUGGCAGUCGCAAUCCAAUAGCAAUAAAUAAUGAUAAUGAUAAUGCUGGUUCUCAGUUAACUUCAAAAUGGAUUCAUAUGGAUUUGACAAAAGAUGAAGGAAUAAAUAAAUCUAUAGAUGAUGAUGUAGAUACAAUAUUAUAUCUUGCAAGCUUGCCUCAUGCAACAAAUGAUAAUCAGCUUAUUGAUGUAACUUUAACAAAGAAUUUAUUAAAUUCUAUUCAGAAAAAAAAUAUUAAACACUUGAUAUAUCUUUCAAUUGUAGGAGUUGAUAAAAUGCCCUAUUCAUAUUACAAAGGAAAACUGGAAUGUGAACGUUUAAUCAAAGAAAGUGGUAUUCCAUAUACCAUACUGAGAGCCACUCAGUUUCAUAGUCUUGUAGAGGAUUUUGCAAAUUAUUUACUGAAUUAUCCAAUGGAUACUGUUUCAAAAGUCGCAAAAAUACAGCCUAUUCAAGUAGAAGCAGUAGCUAUGGAAUUAGCUAAAAUUGUACAAGAACCACCGUUGAAUGGCACGUAUGAUAUUGGUGGUAGAAAGAUAUAUACGAUGAAAGAAACAGCGGAUUUAUUAUUGAAAGCGCGUCCAGAAAAGAAACCGGUGGAUAACAUGCCGAUAAUUGGUGAAAUUCUCAAUGAAUUCGCCGAAGGUUACAAUACUUGUGACAAUAUUUCAUUAAAUUCUAAUACGUGGGAAGAAUAUUUAGCCAACAAAUAUCCUAAAUGA